UCCUCUCCGGUCUCGAGAUAGAUUUCCAUUGCACAAGUCCUGUAAGGAAGUAUUUGAUUCUGAAAAUGCUCUCCAAAGAUCAAAGUACUAGUAGUGGGAGUGUCAGAUUCUCCUUCUUAUUGUUUCUCUUUUUGUAGGAGGAAGGAAGUAUUUGAAUUUUUGGAACAGAGAGUGGGAGUGAUUUGGAAAUUUUGGUUGGUUAAGUAUACUGCACGUUUGUUUGGACUUGGGGGAAGAAGAAAUGAAGAUUUGAAUUUGGAUAGUUGGAUACUCGUACUAGUAGUGGGUAGGGGUUGCAGUCUUACUGGGGGAUGAUUUGAACAAAGUUUAUUCUGACUUCUGAGUUCGCAUUGCUUCUCAGUUAUUGGUAUUGACUUCUGAAAGCUCUCCAAAGAUCAAAGUACCAUGCAGGAUGCACCGCAGCAGAUAAACUAGUCGGGAUAUCGGUACUUUAUGUAAGAGUGCAUACACCACAGACAAUAUGUUUGACUCGACUGUUUUGCAAUUCCCCUUGAACUUAGGGGAGACUCUGGUUAGAAGUACACAGACUGCUGGGAGAAAUUGUGUUUCUGAAGAUCAGUUUGAUCUUGUGAACGAAUUUAGGAGUUGCAACUCCAAAAUAGAGGUGAACUACUCUUGUGGGGAAACUGGAAGCCCUAGUUCAUGCAAUAAAAGCAGUAGUACCUAUCCUUACAGAGUCCAACUUGAACAGGACGUUCAGAUAUUGCAAGAACGCCUACGGGAAGAGAUGGAACUGCGUGCUGUCCUGGAAAAUGCCGUUGAGCAUGGUUCUGUGACAUCAUCUAAUCUUUCGUAUCUCCCACCUGACGUAUGUUACUUUUCCAUUUCUCCUCCCUUUUUCUUUACUCUCUCUCUCUCUCUCUUCUUCUUCUUCUUUUGUGUGUGUGUGUGUGUGUGAGUGAGUGUUAUGAGA